AUGAAAUUUUCUUGCAAAGCAGUUAAUGCGUAUUUUUUUGCACUAUUAUCUCAGUCCUAUCCGCUUUCUGCAUCUACCAGAUCUGUCCUUGUUUGUUGCGGCCCUGGAAACAAUGGCGGGGAUGGUUUGGUGUGCUCCAGACAUCUGGCCAUGUUCCCGAUUGAGUCCCAAUUCGACUUAAUUGUCGAUGCGCUAUUCGGAUUUAGUUUUAAACCCCCAAUCCGACCGGCUUUCGCAGAAAUCCUUCGUCAUAUGGCAGGAGCCAAAGUUCCUCUGAUCAGCAUUGAUGUGCCCUCUGGGUGGGACGUAGAACUUGGACCUGUAGAGUCCAAUGGAGAUUUAGAUUUCACACUUAAACCUGAUUGCCUAAUCUCCCUAACCGCUCCCAAACUCUGUGCCAAAUAUUUUACUGGUCGGUACCAUUAUCUAGGUGGUCGUUUUAUUCCUCCAUCUUUGGCUGAGGAAUAUGGCCUUAACCUGCCUUCGUACUUUGGAACCGAACAGUGCAUUCUUCUGACCAAUGAAUAG